AUGCUGCUCGACCCAAACGCCGCCAGCGUGAUGCAACAGAUGCAGGAUCCGAGCAAUAUCUCCGACUGGCACAGUGCGAGUCCCCUGAACGACCCCAGUUUCGUGACGUCUGGCCGCCAUGCCACGGUACUAGCACCAACCACCCGUACCUUUGCACAGUGGGUCGAUCAUAUGGUCGACCUGUUCAUGGUACGUGGCUCCCGCAGUCCUCUCCAAUGGAUGCUCGACCUUCGAUCGUACGGCCUCAAGGUACACUUCAACAGUACGGUGCCGGGCCACGUCAGCUGGAUGGCCGAGGAUCGCCUACUAUACAAAGACCUGAACUUCACGAUGACGGAGUUCCGGUCGUUCGUCCAUCGGCGGGUGAGCGACGCGCACGAGUGUCUGUUCGACCAACUCCUUUUUGCCCCGGCCGAGGGUACGGCGGCAAUCCCUACCAUCCCAUGGAGUCAGCUGUACGACGACCCCGUGGAGAGCAAGGACGGAUGGAAUUUCCUGCAGGACAAACGGACCCCGUGGCCGGUUGACGGAUCCAACUGGCUGUUACUCCGCACCCGCAACACACCGAGUAUCCAGAGCCAGUUCAUCGACGACCGGCAGCUGACGACAAAGCGAAUUGACAUCUACCUCGACAAAGUGAUCCGCUUCCGGGAGAAACUCUGCGUGAUCGUCCACCUCUGCGGCGGCCAGCCAGCACGUGGCCGGGAGCUCCUCAGUAUCCGACACCGCAAUACCCCUGGUGGAGGGAUUCGCGAUCUGUUCAUCGAGGAUGGGAUGGUCACGUUUGUGACCAAGUACCACAAGGGAUUCUACGCGUCGAACGACGUUAAGGUCAUCCAUCGGUACCUACCCCGGGAGGUCGGCGAGUUGGUCGUCUGGUAUCUCUGGCUGGUUCUGCCGUUUGUGGAAAAGCUCCAGGAUGAUCGCCGUGCGUUCUUAUGGCCACCAGACUACACUGGCAAGAGCUGGAACCGUGACCGACUGCGGGAUCAGCUCAAGAUGGCCAGCUUCCACGAUCUCCAGGGACAGUCCCUCACACCGAGCGCAUGGCGUGACAUCUGUACCGCGAUCAGUCGCCGUUUCCUCCGUGCUGUGCAUCAAUCGGUCCAAGCCCAGGAUAGUGGACAGGAUGAACCGGAUGAUCCAGACGACGAGAGCGGCAUGGGAUUGCCCGAGUGGCUGGCACACGCCUCCGACAUGCAGGCCGGACACUCGUCCAACGUGGCUGGCACGACCUACGGCCGCCUGAUCAACGAGCAGCCUGGCACGACGGCGUAUCGACGGCAGAUCUUCCGUGUUGUCAGCGAGGACCUCCACCGAUGGCUCCUGUUCCCAUCUGCCACGGCCCACCGAGACGAAAAGAGGCCACUCGGCCCACACUCGCCGUGGCAGGUGGAGGCGCAGCAGAAUCGGGAGUACUGGCAGCUCCAGUUCCGAGAGGCGUCGUUGGAAAACCAACUCCGUGAUAUGACCGGAGAUGAGCAGGCGCGGUUCCGUGGUAUGCAGGGUCCUGCUCUCGAGGCCAUCCAGGAGGGACGGAGUCCUGUGAUCGCCGUUAUGCCCACUGGUGGUGGCAAGAGCCUUCUCUUUAUGCUGCCGGCGUGGAUCUGCUCCCGUGGGACCACGGUGGUUGUGGUUCCCCUGCUGGCACUCCGAGGGGAUAUCCACCGUCGCUGUCAGGAACUCCAGCUGUCCAGUGUGGAGUGGGAGAGCCGGCGACCAGUCGACAGUGCGUCGAUUGUGCUGGUAACGCCGGAGUCAGCGCUGACGGAAGACUUUUUUGCAUUCCUUAACCGCACCAAGGCGCUCUACCGCCUCGACCGGAUCGUGAUUGACGAGUGCCAUGUCAUCCUGAACAAUCAGAAGCACUUUCGACCCGACCUGGCGCGACUGGGGCGUCUGACCAAGUUCCAGGUCCCGAUGGUGUACCUCACCGCGACGCUUCCCCCUGAAGUCGAAGACGAGCUGUUCAUGCGGAUUCGUACGCAGCGUAAAGACGUACAUCUUUUCCGCGACCGGACAUCGCGGCCGAACGUUGCGUAUCGUAUGUACCAGCCAGUGGUCGAGCGGCAGUAUCAGUACGGGAACCGCCCGGCACAGGCGCCCGAGGUGAUUGAUUUCAUCCAGCAAAAGGUCCGCGAUAGUCUGCCAGGCAAGGUGCUGGUGUAUGCAAACUCCGUAUCUGCCGUCAACGCACUUGCAGAAGUGCUCGAGUGUGAUGGAUACCACAGCUCCCAGAAUGCCAAGGCCGCUAUACUCGAACGGUUCCGUACUGGUGAGACCUCGGUGAUCACUGCCACCAGUGCACUUGGUAUGGGGGUUGACAUCCCCGAUAUCCGCUGCAUCAUCCACCUUGGCGCUCCCUACUCCCUCCUCGAGUACGCACAGGAGAGUGGCCGCGCCGGACGGGAUGGGUUACCCAGUGAGGCCAUCAUCAUCCAACCAGUUGGAGCCCCGCGUAUCCAGCAGGGGGGGCAGCGUGGCCGAGUUCGAGCGGGUUGGGCGUACCUCGACGGCUGUGUGGAUGGAUACUCCCGCCAGCGAUGUGGAGACGGAGCUGCUGGUCGUCUCGAGCGGCGGUGUGACCGAUGCGAGCCAGACCCAGAGGAUCCGGAUAGCGUCGAUAAGAAGAGAACGGUUCGGGAUCUUCGUACCACCGCAUACAGUCCGUCCACCCAGUCCAUCGAUACGGACUUUUGGACGUCUGAACCCAGUGGGUUAUCUAGUGCGACCGAACGCAGUCCCUCCUACCACGGUUGUCGGUGGCUAGAGGACGAUCCAUUGGAUGACGAGGCGCCGGAUGAUAUCGACAUUGACUGCUACGUGGACCUCUUUGAAGACUUUCCCCCUGAUCCUGCCGUGGACGAUGACCAUGUGGCCCAGCUUGCACAGGAGCACGAAGAGGCCGAGCGGUUGCAGAUUGAAGCCGACAUUGCGGUUGGCGAACAGAUGCUGCUGGACGAGCGGUUCCGUGCUAAGGCGAUGAGUCCUCCUCGGAUAGCCAGUCUUGCCGCUGCACGUUCGCCCACCACUCCAGCGAUUCUACCGCCGCGGAACUCUCCCCGUGACGUGAGCCACCUCAGUCCCCACACACCAUCUGGGAAACGCGCUCGACCGAUCUCCCAUGACUUUACUGUCACAGAUCCCCCGGCCGUUUUCUGCACUGCUCGCGAUAUAUACAAGACAGGCCAGAGCUCGUCCAGUCUCCCGCCGGCAACCAAGCGACCGUAUGUCCCACGAACGCCCGUCCUCGCGCACCCUCCAGGGCAUUCCACGCCUCGGUCCACCCCACCGCGCAUCGAGCGUACCCCGUCCAAGGUCCGGUACACGGAUCACUCCGGAUCCCCUGCCAGCGAGACCCUGAUCGCGGAGGUCAUCCGGUGGGGUCAGCAGUGCUGGUUCUGUACGCAGGAUGGGAUGGAGCUAGAGCAGGUCUCCCACGAUCUCUGGCGGUGCCCUAACCCAGGGAACCAAGCGGCCAAGGAGUGGUGGACGUCCCGACGUGGUCAUGUCAAGCUCGUACCUGGCACAGCAUGUUUCAAGUGCUAUAUGCCACGACGGACGUGUGACCCUGGACACUUCCCUGGUACAAUCACGGAGUGUAAGUACCGAGGGAUGGUGUUCUCGAUGGUAGCGAUGAUGGCGCACCGGACCCAGCCGGCACGACUAACAGCUCGGACAGGCAGUCGUGUCGCCGCACGCAGUAUCCGAGAUCGAUGGCUUGAGGGGAUCGUGCAGCGGUUGACAGGCCAUUCGUAUGGCGAGACCAUUGAUCCCCACAACCGCGAUACGAUGUGUGAUUAUCUGGGGAUGGUAGACUAUACCACCGGCUUCAAUAUGCUGUGUAGGGAUUUUAUUUGGUUGCGAGUACAGUGGCAGAAGGCUGGGGAGAAGGAGGCACGGAUCUAA